AUGUCGAAUUUCAAGACACAGCUUAAUCAAUUGAUCGCCGCCCAGUUGAAACAAAGUGAACAGAAUCCAGGUCAACAAGCAGACCUCAAGACAAAAGUAGCUUCGGCACUUCCAUUGGCUGAAAGGUAUGAACGCUUAUUCAGAACCACUGAAUUCAAUGAUGUUGCAGAUGUUGUGACUCCUUUGGAAAAUUCAAGUAAGCUUACAAAUAAGGUUCAAGAAUAUGCUGAUAGAGUGUUCAAAAACAUUGAAGCUUUGAAAUCAACUUUUGAUGAUCCCACACUAUUAAAGUUUAACAAGUCCAAAGCAGAGUUGUUUAUCACAAAGAUGCAGUUGUCUAUCCAAGAGAAUGAUAUUCAAAUGGCCAAAUUUUAUGAAGAAAGAGCAGAUUUGACGGUUUUUGCAACAACUGGAGAGUCAGACGUGGUUUUUGAGUCCUUGAGAGUGAUUUAUAACUCUUCCUUGUCAUUAUAUAACCAAAAGCGUAUUGUUGAUGCUAUAUAUUUCUUGAAUAAGGCUGCUGGUCAUAUUUCGAGUAUGGGAAGUAAUUCUUCGGAAGAUUUUAAAAGAAUCAAACCCUCUAUAUAUUCACUUCUUGGUAAAAAUGGCGAUGUCGUUGAAAUUGAAGAUUUGAUUAUGAGAAUGUUGAUGUCCAUUAAGAGUUCUGAAUUAAAAGAAGCUUUAGGGUUGAUAAAUGAUUUCUCUACAAGAGAUGCACCUGGUGCAAUACGCUGCUUUGAGUAUGCAUUUAAUAGUAACACAGAGAAGGAGUCAGAUCACAAUGUUAUUGAAUUGAUAAUCGUCGCAAUCGUCAAUAUCUAUAUCAAAGAUGACACAAAUUUAUCUGAAUACAAACAGCAAAACCUUGUUUCUUUCCUUGAUACAGCACAGAAGAAAUUAGCUAAGGCUUUGAGUAGGAAAUGUGCAGCAUCUUGCAUCACUUUACUAUGGAAUACAGGUAAAACAUGUACAAAAAAUAGUUCAUUUGAAGACUCAUUAGGAUGGUUUAAGUUGGCACUUCAUAGUAUAUUAGACAUCAAUGAAAUUGAUAAAGCCAAAAUCCAAAGGGCUAUCCAGAAUAGUUAUAUAAACCUUGAGAGGUAUGAUGAGGCCAUCAAGGUAUACAAAACCAUGGAUGAUAAAGAGAAAUAUGGGUUGAUUAGCCAGUACAAUAUGUUUAAGGUAUAUUCAAGCAAAGGAGAUGAGAUGAGCUUGAUGUCUUGCUUAAAAAGAAUGACUACAUCUGAAGAUAAAAAUUUAAUACCGUUAUUAUCACUUUGUGCUACAAACGUACAAUCAAGCACAAGGGUCGCAGUUGAGUCUAUGCUUGCAUUAUUUAAAAAAAUUGACACAGGGAUCGACAAUAAGGUUUCGAUACCAACGUCAUUACGUUGUGUUAUUGAAAUGAUCUUAAAACAAGAUGAUUAUUUGUUUAAAUAUUCGGAAACCUUGUUGACUAUUUUGAGAGAAGCUUAUAAAUUUGCAAAUGAUUCGAAAACCAUAGAGAGCUACAAAUUCACAAUUGAAGAGAUACAGUGGUUUAGUGCUCAAGCUUUCAACAUAUCAAGAGAUUGUGUUUCUAGUAGUGACACAGCUGCAAGGCAACAAUUUGAGUUGAAACUAUGGAGAUUCCGUGCCAUGUUGAUAACAUUGAUUUGUACUUCCAAAGACCAAAAUUUAGAUGCUGACAUACGCUGGAAAGAAAUAAGAUCACAGUCAUUGAACCUCAGACUCAGUAUUGAGGAGCUAACAAUAAUUAGCGAAACACAGGCAGAAUAUGAUGUGUUCAGAAAAGAAUGGGAACAAUGUUUAGUCGAUUGUAUGAUUUUUCAAUUUCAAGCUGAGUUUGAACUUGAACAUUGGUCUGCUGCUGAAACCAUAAUUAGAGAGUCAAGAAAGCUAACUACUCAAGAAUUUGACACUACUGUUGUCAAUAUAACAUCAGAAAAUACCAAAGCCCCAGAAAGUAUAAAAUCCAAUAUUUUAACAGAGAUUUUACAAAGAAAUCUUGGUGAUCCUGAAAUAUCCGCUGUGAAAAUCUCGAGAUGGAUCAGGUUGUUAUUGAAAUACAAUGGAAGUGGAAUCGAAGCUGAUAGUAAUUCUUUGAAAAUAAUUCAACAGAUAUAUCUUAGAAUUUCAUCACAAAAAGAAGAUAAUCAAUUCCCAGCUCAUGAGAUUGAAUGGAUAUCAACCACUUGUUGGAACAAUGGAAUUGGUGCGUUGUUUAAUGCAGAUAAAGUACAAGGUCGUCUUUGGUGUGAUCGUGCUAUAAAAUUAGCAGGUUUUGUCAAUGAGAGAUUCGAAGCAGCGUUGCUAAAAUUAUGGAAAGAGCUACAACACAUGGCUGAGUAA